AUGGAAAUUCAAUAUUUAUUAGCUUCAAUAUUUUUAGUUGUGGGUAUCCUAAUAUACUCAUUGAAGUCAAAAUUUGAAAAGUCAAGAUAAAACUAAAAACCUUAAGAAGAUAAAAUAGACCUAGGAAAAAAGAUAAAUGGUUAAGAAAAAUUAAUUCCAAUCUCUAUAUAUUUUGGAACACAAUAAGGCACUGCAGCUCGAUUUGCCAAAUAAUUAUCUGAAGAAGGAAAAGAACAUGGAUUUUUGACAACAGAAGUAGAUCUUAAUGAAGUUGAAUUUGAUAAAGAGAUGAAAAAGGGAGAAUUUGGAAUUUUUUGCAUGGCUACUCAUGGGGAGGGUGACCCUACAGAUAAUGCAAAAAAAUUUAUAAGUUGGUUAUAAGAGCCUUAACUAUCUUUAAAAGAUUUUAAUUUUACUGUUUUUGGACUUGGUAAUAGGCAAUAUGAACAUUAUAAUAAAAUUGGAAAACUUACAAACAAUCUUCUUGAAAAGUAAAAUGCUAUUCGAUGUUACAAGUAUGGGGAAGGAGAUGCCAAUAGUACAUUAGAAGAUGACUUCAUAGAUUGGAAAAAAGACUUAUGGAAUGUUUUAAAGGGUCUGAUUCAUCCAACACCCUAAGGUAAAUAAAAAUAAUUCAAAUAUAGGUUCAACAUUUAAACUUGUAAAAAGUAAUAAAGAAGAAAUCAAUUUUGAUUAAACUCCUUAAGGGUAAUUUGAUUUUUAAACUAAAUAGUUUUUAAAAGCAAAAUGUAAAUUAUUUUAUUAAUUUAAGAUUGCCAAGUUGUAUCAAUAACUUAAUUAAGAUAAAAUCAAUAAGAUGGUUCAACACUAUAAAUAAUUUUUGAUACAGGUAGAGAAGGAAUAGAAUAUAAAACAGCUAUGAAUUUAGGAGUUUAUCCUGAAAAUAAUGAUGAAUAAAUUCUGGAAAUUGCUAAUUAUUUAGGUGAAAAUCUCAACACAAUCUAUACAUUGGAAUAAUUAGAAGAGACUAAAAAAGCAAAAAUGCCAUUUCCUUCUCCUUUAAGUGUUAAAAAGAUUUUGAAGCACUUUUUAGAUUUUAAUGGAUAAUUAAUGAAAAAUACAUUAACAAAGUUGGCUAAGAUUUCAAGUGAANAUCCAAUUUCAUUUUUUAAACAAUAAAUAAAUUUAAUCAUAAAAAAAACAAUUACGGUGUACAAAUACUUCAAAAUAACAUAGAAUAAGUUUAAAUGA